AAAAUCAGAGAGCUUACCGGAAGAGCGUGUCACUUCCUGGCUCUGCAUCUGACGUGUCGCAAACAGCCUCACGCUGCUGGUGGAUUUUUUUUUUACUCGUGGGGGGAUUUAUUAUCUAUUGAAGUGUUAUUUGGUACGUGGUGGCAAGAUGCUGGAUUUCUUCUCCAUCUUCAGCAAAGGGGGGAUAGUGUUGUGGUGUUUUCAGGGAGCCGGGGUCACUGAGUCUUUCACCGGGCCUGUCAACGCUUUGAUUCGCUCCGUGAUCCUUCAGGAGCGAAGUGGGAACAACUCAUUCACUCACGAGUCCCUGAGUCUUAAAUACAAGCUCGACAAUGAGUUUGAGUUGAUUUUUGUGGUGGGUUUUCAAAAGAUCCUGACGCUGACGUACGUGGAUAAGUUCAUAGAUGACGUCCAGCUCUGUUUUAGGGAUCGUUAUAAGAAUGAGCUGGAGCAGAAGGGGGCUUUGAAGCUUCUCAACAACAACUUUGAAUUCGGGGAUGACUUCCAGGUGCUUCUUAGAGAGGCGGAGGACACCAGCAGAGCUCGGAGCCCCGCCCCCAUGCGGACCUUUAAGGAGUCUGAGAAAUCCCAAAAAACUGUGAAGUCAAUGAUUGAAACGAAGGGAGGAGAAAAAGUCAAGGAACCGGUUGGCAAGAAGAAUAAAAAUACCAAAAAGGAGGCUCCUGCAGCUGAGCCUGUCAAAGUGGAUCAAGGCAAGACCCCGUCACCCGGGCAAAAGACGGUCGAGAAUGGUAACCAGGGCUUGACUCAUGACGAGAUCAUGCAAAAGAACAGGGAGGAAUUCGCACGCAAGCGCAUGGGGGUAGCUACUGCAAAACCCAGCAAGUCCCCAAAGCCUCAAAAGCCUAGGGAGAAACAAAUGCGUGUUUGGGGCCUGAGCGGCAACAGCGACAAGAACCUGGACUACAGCGGAAGGAAUGGAGAUGGUUCCCAAAAUGGUGGUGACCAGAACCAGGAGGCACAACAUGACCCGAAAAUGCAGCUAAGCUCCAUGAAGGGUGACCUGCUGUCUGUGGACUAUGAGUCCGACAAGGAAGAGGAGAUGGAGGAGGAAGAGGAGAGGGUGCUUGUCAAUGCAACAAGCAAGACAAGCUCCAAAAAAGGUGGCGGUUUUGGGGGCAUGUUUGGGAUGCUGAAGGGCCUGGUGGGGUCUAAGAGCCUGACCCGUGAGGACAUGGAGUCAGUACUGGAUAAGAUGAGGGACCACCUCAUCGCAAAGAAUGUAGCAGCCGAAAUUGCCUCCCAGCUCUGUGACUCUGUAGCCAAAAAACUGGAGGGCAAAGUCAUGGGCACAUUCACAACUGUGGCCUCAACUGUAAAGCAGGCCCUGCAGGACUCACUGGUGCAGAUCCUGCAGCCCAAGAGAAGGGUGGAUAUUCUGAGAGACGUCAUGGAGGCGCAGAGCCAGCGUAGGCCUUUCGUCAUCACUUUUUGUGGGGUCAACGGAGUUGGAAAAUCCACCAACCUGGCCAAGAUCUCUUUCUGGCUCAUAGAGAAUGGUUUCACUGUGCUGAUCGCAGCCUGUGACACAUUUCGUGCCGGGGCAGUGGAGCAGCUCCGUACUCAUCAGCGCCGCCUGAACUCUCUGCAUCCUCCAGAGAAGCACGGAGGACGGCCAGUAGUCCAGCUCUAUGAGAAGGGCUACGGGAAGGAUGCUGCUGGAAUUGCCAUGGAAGCCAUUGCCUAUGCCCGCAACCAGGCCUUUGACGUGGUGCUGGUGGACACUGCUGGGCGUAUGCAGGACAACGCCCCCUUAAUGACAGCCCUGGCCAAACUGAUUGCAGUCAACAUGCCUGACCUAGUGCUGUUUGUUGGGGAAGCUCUGGUGGGAAAUGAGGCAGUUGACCAGCUGGUAAAGUUCAACCAGGCUCUGGCAGACCACUCCAUGUCUGACAAGCCUCGCCUCAUCGAUGGAAUUGUUCUCACCAAGUUUGACACCAUCGAUGAUAAGGUCGGUGCUGCCAUCUCCAUGACUUACAUCACAGGCCAACCUAUUGUGUUUGUGGGCACCGGGCAAACCUACAACGACCUACGCAGCCUCAAUCCCCGCGCUGUGGUCAGCGCCCUGAUGAAGGCUUAAGUGGCUGCAUGUUCUGCUGUUUUAUUCGUCGUCGCAACGAUGCCAACAAAUACCUUUUUGCCACGCUGCCGUGAGAUGUUCCAGCCCUGCUAACCUGCGUAUCUCAUCCUCUCGUCGUGUCCUCUCUACUUUUGCAUCCAAAUGAAGAACUCAUGUAAUGCACAUGACUUUAUUCUCCCAGUAAAGGACAAGUGUGCACUUUGAAAGAACAUUUUGCAACAACGCCAGAGGGGGGGGUCUCCCCCCUUUUGCAUCAUUUCCAAACUUUUGGGCCUACGUUGAAAAGUACCUCAGAUCAGUCGCAUCCAAAUGACAUUUUAGCUGACUAAAUGGACUUAGGCUGUAAAUGUCAUCAGUUUACUGGUUUCCACAGUAAAGUAAACAAAACAAAAAUAAUCCCCUACCUGGCAUUUUGUCAGUCAGUUUUCCCUUCUUCAUGUAAAUGAGGUCAGGUCGUGAAGGCUUGCUGGAUGUGACAUUUGAGCAGCUGCCUGUGCCUGAGGAAAGCUUAGUGACCAUAGUGCCUAUCUGUCUCCUGUUUUUUUUUUUUUUUUUUAGUUUCACUACACGGGUGGUUAUCUAUCAUGAGUAACAUGGCAGUUCAGCUCAGAAACACUCUUAUGGAGCAGUCUGAAUCUUUCUCAUUCAUAAAGUAGGCAUGAAUAUCAGCAUUGAUGAUGUACUCCCCUGGGGAAAGCAAGCAUUUAGUUGUAAAGACUCAUUGAUGACUUUGACUCUCACUGUAAAAAUGGGGCAGUAGAUAAACAUCUCCUGAACACUAACAACUGCGGUACACCAUUUGUGGAUGGAUUGUUCUAUGAACAUCUUCUCUCAGAGCUCCUACCUAACAGUUAACACAUUUGCAUUCAGAAAUGGAGGCUUUGAUCUCUAAGUUUGUAGUUGAUGAAAAGUGGGAAGAUAUUUUGUAAUUUCAUUUUUUUUUUUUCCCUUUCCAUAGAUUAGACCUCACCUUCUGUGUGGUCACUUUCAAUUCUUUGCCCCUUCUAUUUAUGUUUUUCCCCGUGAUUUACUCUUCAUUUGUAAGAAGAAAGAAGUCUUAAAUAUCUCUAGCCCCCCCUUUAAGAGAAGAAUACAGAGUUAUACAGAAGAUUUGAGCUAAUUUAUGAGAAUGUAAACAUUUCUAAAUAAAAAGCUGCUCUACGCUAUGACAGCCUGUAAAGUG